AUGUCGUUCCCAAAGUACAAACCAUCAUGCCUGGCCACUCUACCCACUACCCUCAACCCAGCCAACUACGACAUAUCUCCAGAGACCCGGCGGGCUCAAGCUGAGCACCUGGCUAUAAGGUCCUGGCUUAAACAGGUGUAUCUGCUUCAGUUCAACAACCCCAAAUGCCGAACACUCAUCAAAGAUCCUGCCUUGGCUCAUUGGACCUAUGCCCCAAUAUCUAUCCCUAAUUUCAGGCCCACUCCCAAGACUUCAAGUAACUCUGGUAGCAUAGUGAUGUGUUUGGUUGGCAUUGGGCCCCUUUUCUUCUGGUAUUAUGUUUUCAAAACCAACAGGGAUAAGAAAGAAAAACUGAUCCAGGAAGGAAAACUGGAUCGAACAUUUAAUCUCUCCUAUUAA